GGUGGUUUUGAAAAUUUGUCCUUUUCCUCUCUCUCGAUCUCGAUCUCGAUCCCGAUCCCAUCGGGUCCCUCGAAACUUUGGAAACCCCUUGCGAUCUGCGCUCGAUCUCAAAAGAAUCCAUUCCACCUCCAUGAAACCCUAGCGAUCCCCUUUCCCGACCUUCGCGAGAUCAUCGGAUCUCAAGCGAGUCUUCGGAAAUCUCAAAGGAUUUCUUCAAAAUCUCCUCGAUGUGAGUUGAAUUAAUGAGCAAUGCAGGGGUCACGGGGAGCUCUUCUGCAAGGAAGAGCUACUGCAUUAGAGAAGAAAGGAAGUUGCUGUAGAAAACAUCUGACAUACAAAAUUUCUCUGUCUCUUGUUUUAUUUUUGUGGGCAUUCAUCUUUCUUCUGAACUUCUUGACCAGCCAUGCCCAUGACUUCAAAGAUGAAACUGAAGCUGGGGGUGGUGAAUCUUGCCAUGAAACUCAACCAAAUCCAAUUAACUCAUCUGACUCUAGAGAGACUUCCACACUAUCCUGCAUGAUUCCUGAUCACACUGUUCAGAAUACUAUUCCAGAAGGGAAGAUUUUUGGCCAUAGUACUGCAAUGUUUGCUUCAGAAAAUGGUAAAGGAAGUUCAUUGACUUUUGUAAAGGCUGAAGCAGCUAAAGAAAUAUUUGAUUCAAGUUCCAUUCAGGAAAGCGAAACUCCUAUGAAGAGUGAAAAGUUAUCUCGUGUUGCUCCUCGGGGUCUUGAUGAGUUUAAAAGCAAAACAAUUGCUGUUAUAGAAAAGCCUCUAUCCAGCCAAACAAGUACUGUUGUUCAUCGAUUGUAA